AUGUCUUGUGUUAGUGGACUACCAAAAAAUUACAAUGGCCCAAACACUGCAAUCAGCCAGAAACAAAAUGUGGUAAUACCACCUAAGUAUCAACCACCACCAAGUCCUAAUCGUCAAUAUAAUGUACAACUAAGCAAUUAUCCGCCAACUAAUAUUGACAGGAGGCAACAAGGUGAAAAGCCAUAUGCUAAUACUGCCGAAAACCAUAGAUAUAGAACUUUGCCCGGAGAGCAACCAUCGGAUAUGCUGAAGUUUGUACGAAAAAUAGAUUCGGACAAUUCAAACAAAAUAACUCCAGAUCAGGUAGGGCAGUUGAUGUCAGAAAUCAAUAGCUUAAAAGAAGUGAAUCAAAGACUGAAUGACGAAAAUCAAGAGUUACGAGAUUUAUGUUGCUUUUUGGAUGACGACAGACAAAAAGGACGAAAACUAGCAAGAGAAUGGCAGAGAUUUGGAAGAUAUACAGCUUCUGUUAUGAGACAAGAAGUUGCUGCAUAUCAGGUGAAAUUAAGACAUCUUGAAGCCAAACAGCAGCAUCUCAUUGAAGACAACAUUGAACUUAAGGAGUUAUGUUUAUACUUGGAUGAAGAACGAAGUGGUCCAAACAGAUUGAGGGAUAACUCUGUAUGUAGAGUUUGUGGAAAUUCUACAGGUUCUGGAAAUAUACCUGAAGAACUACAUAGAAGAGAUGAAGGUGAUGGAAGCAGCUCUUCGACAAAUGCUGAUGAAAAUAUGAUAACUGGUAAUCAGAGUCAAGGCUCAUAUCAUAGACAAUUACAUCAGUCAAAUGAUCAAAAUUUACCUCCAGAUCAAAGAUCAUUGAAUUAUAUCAGACAACUUGAAGCCAAGGUUAAAGAGUUAGAAGAAGAAAAAACUAAGCUAUCUAAAAAGAUGAUCCAAGAAGAAAAAAUUGAUCAAAAAAUCAAUAACUGGAAUACUGAUGGUUCUUUUCCGAAAAUGACACAUCCUGAAUCGGUUUUGACUGCACUUCAAGUAUUGGAGCUACGUGAACAAUUAGAAGGCAAAGGUGAUGAGACCUGCAGUGGUGUAGACAUGGAAGAUGAAGAAAAGGCAUUACUUAGAGAAAUGUGCAAUGUGGUAUGGCGGAAACUGGAAGAUGCUUAA